AAACGAAACGUUAAUUCUAUUAUGUUCGACCACUCAGUAGACAACACUACUUUUUCAACUACACAAAUAUUGUCUGUAAAUUGUGUUAGUUAUGAUUAAGUUUAAAAUUAUCUAAAAUUAAUAGUUUAAAUUAAUAGUUUCAGGUAAAUAUGACAAGAAAAUAUCACACGAAGAUGGUACCUCCCGAUGGUGGGUGGGGAUGGAUUAUUGUUUUAGGAUCGAGUAUAAUGGACAUUACAACAUAUGCUAUCGAACCGUCAUUUGGAUUGCUUUUCGGAGAUCUCCUCAAACAGCUUGGUGUCGAAACAACGGGUGCAUCUUUGGUGAUGUCUACAAUGGAUGGAAUUUUCAACUUUUCAGGGCUUUUCGUCGGACCUCUAACAAAGAAGUAUUCCUACAGGAAAGUAGCUAUUUUAGGAGCUGUGUUAAGUACUGCUGCCUUUCUAUUGACCGCCCCAGCAAACAGUUUGCUGCACAUCCUCAUUACGUACGGAGUACUUGGAGGUCAUCUGAUGAUCUUCGCUCAAGCCCGUGAUUGUCAACAUGUGCUUCCGACGCAUCAUCUUCAUUUUCAUCAGCUACGUCAUUGUACAGACGAUGGAUUAGUAAUAAUGAUAAUGAAAGGUAUUGGAUUCGGCCUUGCUAAUUCAUCCACCCUGGUAGGUAUCAAUAAAUACUUCUCCAAAAAGAAAGGACAGGCAGUUGGUAUUGCGAUGGCUGGCACUGCUGUUGGGUUUAUGUUGAUGCCUCAGAUAGUCAGGUUCUUGCUGGAUGAAUAUGGUUUUCGUUCAGCACUUCUCAUACUAGGGGCAAUAUCUCUUCAUGCUGUGGUAGGAGCUUCUUUAUUUCAACCUGUUUCUUGGCACAAGAAAGCUGUUAUUGUAGAAGUAGAAGAAGAAGACGUUCACAGUCUCUUACCAUCUGAUAAAAAGGAUAGUUCAGCCACCACAGACACCAAAAGUGGACUUGCACUCCCGGACCAUGAGCAGCAGGCGAUAACAGGGCGGGGGAGGAUAGUCAGUGGUGCGGCCAUCCUCAAAAAUACUCCAGAGAGCCCUAAGACGGCGACUGUAACGAGGCGAGUGUGUGCCGCAUCUAAAUAUGCACAACCACUCCCCCAUCACAGCGGGGACACCUAG